AUGGUCAAGACACAGCGACAGCCAGCUCACCACCGGAGGGUCGAGAUGUGGAUCCAGCAGAGCACCCUGACACCUAGCGAUCCAGGAACAUUGCUGACAGCCAGCUCAUGGUCAGGAAGGGGUCUGGAGACAUAUGGAUCCAGAAGUACAUAUUUCAACACAACAGUCAGAGACACCGUGACAGCCAGCUCACCUUUGGAAGGGUCCGGAGAUGUGGAUCCAACAGAAAUACCCCCUGACAUCACAACAGUCAGAGACACAGCAACAGUCAGCUCACAGCCGGAUGGGUCUGGAGAUGUGGAUCCAACAGAAACACCCCUUGACACCACAACAGUCAGAGACACAGCGACAGCCAGCUCACUACCGGAGGGGUCCGGAGACAUGGAUCCAACAGAAACACCCCCUGACACCACAACUGUCAGAGACACUACGACAGUCAGCUCACCGUCGGAAGGGUCUGGAGACGUGGAUCCAACAGAAACACCCCCUGACACCACAACAGUCAGAGACACAGCGACAGCCAGCUCACCACCGGAGGGGUCCGGAGACAUGGAUCCAACAGAAACACCCCCUGACACCACAACUGUCAGAGACACUUCGACAGUCAGCUCACCGUCGGAAGGGUCUGGAGACGUGGAUCCAACAGAAACACUGCCUGACACCACAACAUUCAGAGACACUAUGACAGCCAGCUCACCGCCGGAAGGUUCCGGAGACGUGGAUCCAACAGAAACACCCCCUGACACCACAACGAUCAGAGACAUUGUGACAGCCAGCUCAUCGUCGGAAGGGUCUGGAGACAUGGAUCCAACAGAAAUGCCUCCUAACACAACAACAGUCAGAGACACCAUAACAGCCAGCUCACCGCCAGAAGGGUCCGGAGACGUGGAUCCAACAGACACACCACCUGACACCACAACAGAAAUGCCUCCUAACACGACAACAGUCAGAGACACAGCGACAGCCAGCUCACCACCGGAGGGGUCCGGAGAUGUGGAUCCAACAGAAGCAGCACGUGACACCACAACGGUCAGAGACACUGCGACAGCCAGCUCACCGCCGGAAGGGUCCGGAGACGUGCAUCCAACAGAAACACCUCUUGACACCACAACAGUCAGAGACACCGUGACAGCCAGCUCAUCGCCGGAAGGGUCCGGAGACGUGGAUCCAACAUACACACCCCCUGACACCACAACGGUCAGAGACACCGUGACAGCAAGCUCAUCGUCGGAAGGGUAUGGAGACAUGGAUCCAACAGAAAAGCCUCCUAACACCACAACGGUCAGAGACACCGUGACAGCAAGCUCAUCGUCGGAAGGGUCUGGAGACAUGGAUCCAACAGAAAAGCCUCCUAACACAACAAUGGUCAGAGACACCAUGACAGCCAGUUCACCUUUGGAAGGGUCCGGAGAUGUGGAUCCAACAGAAACACCCCCUGACAUCACAACAGUCAGAGACACAGCGACAGCCAGCUCACUACCGGAAGGGUCCGGAGAUGUGGAUCCAACAGAAACAUUCCCUGACACUACAACGGUCAGAGACACUGUGACAGCCAGCUCACCACCAGAAGGGUCCGGAGAUGUGGAUCCAACAGAAAAACCACCUGACAGUACAACGGUCAGAGACACUGCAACAGCCAGCUCACCGCCGGAAGGGUCCGGAGACGUAGAUCCAACAGAAACAUCCCCUGACACUACAACGGUCAGAGACACCGCAACAGCCAGCUCACCGCCAGAAGGGUCCGGAGACGUGUAUCCAACAGAAACACCACCUGACACCACAACGGUCAGAGACACAGCGACAGCCAGCUCACCACCGGAGGGGUCCGGAGACAUGGAUCCAACAGAAACACCCCCUGACACCACAACGAUCAGAGACAUUGUGACAGCCAGCUCAUCGUCGGAAGGGUCUGGAGACAUGGAUCCAACAGAAAUGCCUCCUAACACAACAACAGUCAGAGACACCGUGACAGCCAGUUCACCUUUGGAAGGGUCCGGAGAUUUGGAUCCAACAGAAACACCCCCUGACAUCACAACAGUCAGAGACACAGCGACAGCCAGCUCACUACCGGAAGGGUCCGGAGGCGUGGAUCCAACAGAAACAUCCCCUGACACUACAACGGUCAGAGAUACUGUGACAGCCACCUCACCGCCAGAAGGGUCUGGAGACGUGGAUCCAACAGAAACACCCCCUGACACAACAACGGUCAGAGACACUGCAACAGCCAGCUCACCGCCAGAAGGGUCCGGAGACGUGGGUCCAACAGAAACACCACCUGACACCACAAUGGUCAGAGACACAGCGACAGCCAGCUCACCACCGGAGGGUCCGGAAUGGAUCCAACAAAAACACCCCUGA